GGGACUACUACUACAGACUACAUUUUGACAUGAGUAUUGUUUUAGCGUGGAAAUCGACCAAUCAAUUAUGUAAACCAGAAGAGAGAGAAACUCGAAUCUUCCUCAUUUCAAGCCUUGACCAUCUCAACUCUCAAAGCGACAUCGAUGAGAUCUCUCCGUUGCAUCUGGACCGUCCAUCCUCCACACCGCCUUCCCCACAGACUCCACGCCGCCCAACGCAAACCCCCACGCGGCCACUCACCGCCGGCCGCCGGAAGGACAACGCCGAUGACCACCUCCGGCGCGGCCACGCCCCCACGCUUCAAGAGAUCCUCCCCCAGGAAGAAGCAGCAGUCCCGCAGUCGCCGCCUCGCCGUUGACUUGGCCGCCGAAGGGGCCGACACUACGGGGGUGCCGGUAGCGGCCAGACCACUACGGCCACUCCCUUCAUCGCUGGCGGUGCCCGCCCAGAUUCCUGUAGCCCGCCCGUUGCCUCGCGAGUUCUUCGAGGUGGACGCGCUCGACCUCGCCCCCCGCCUCCUCGGCAAGCUCCUGCGCCGCGACCAAGUUGUCCUCCGUAUCACCGAGGUAGAGGCUUACAGGCCAAACGAUUCCGCCUGCCAUGGCCGGUUCGGCAUCACGGCGAGAACCGCUCCAGUGUUUGGUCCAGGAGGGCAUGCGUAUGUGUACCUAUGCUAUGGACUCCACAUGAUGCUCAAUGUUGUUGCUGACAAAGAGGGCAUUGGAGCUGCCGUUUUGAUCCGAUCUUGUGCUCCAGUUAGCGGACUGGAAAUCAUUCAGCAGCGUCGAGGCCAACAAACCGAGAAACCGAUCCUACUUACAGGACCUGGAAAGGUCGGGCAAGCUCUGGGACUUUCCACUGACUGGUCGAACCACCCCCUCUAUAUACCUGGAGGGUUGGAAGUCUUGGAUGGGCCUGAGCCGAAGAACAUUUUGGUUGGCCCCCGUGUUGGCAUAGAUUAUGCAUCGCCCGAACAUGUCGUGGCACCAUGGAGGUUCGCCUUUGCAGGCACUCCGUGGAUCAGUGCCCCAAAGAACACUCUCAAGCCGCAGUGAAGAGCUGGGUGCACAGAAAUUGUAAUGGUAACAGUGGUAGAAGAGCACACACUAAAACACUUGACGUGUUAAUUGUAUUCUAAUCUGUGAUCAGAUCCAUCUGGACCAGCUGAAAUGAACGUUUGGUUCGUGAUGA